AUGGCUACUUACGGUAAGUUGGAAUCUGGAUUGCAGCAGCAAGCUACUUUGGUGCGAGAAUUUCAACAGCGUCUUCGCAAGCUAAAAGAUAUCACUGGCCAAAUAGGAAUGUCAAAAAAUCGAGCCCAACUUCUAUCUCAAGCUGCCAAAGAAAGAGAAAAUAUGAUGAAAUUGACAAAAGAAAUUCAUGCAUCUUUUAAAAAAUACCCUCCAAAUUUUAAUGAAAAAAUCCAGCAUGACAAAUUAACGAAAGAGUUUCAAACUUUGCUUAAACAAUAUCAAGAUCUAAAUCAAAAAUUACUUGAAAAAGAAAAAUUUGCAGCUGCAGAAGAAGAUAAAAUAAUAGAAGAAAGCGUUGAAACGGGCCAAAGGCCUCUUAAUAGAGACGAUGAUAUGUUUAGGAGUGUAGGUGGAUUGGAUGAAGCUAUGCUUAGGGACAGACAAGAAGAGCUUAAUGCGAUUGAAAAAGAUAUGGUAGAAGUCAAUGUUAUGUUUAAAGAUGUAGCCAAAAUGGUAGUUGACCAAGGAGCCAUGCUAGAUUCGGCAGAAAAUAAUGUGGAUACUGCUGUAAAGGAAACUGGGAGGGCUGUUAUUGAAUUAGAUAAAGCUGAGGUUUAUCAGAAAAAAAGUAAGGGGAAACUUUACUGCAUUUUAGCUAUUGUUUGUGUUGUAGUAGGGGUCUUGGUUGCCAUUGUAGUAAGUACCGUAGUUUUUUAA